GCCGCUUUGGAUGCACCGGGCCGGAGGAGGGCCCCGGUGCCCGGAUGUCCAUCAAACUGAGUGUAAUCCAAUACCCGACUGGCGAGUCCGGGCUCAGGAAACUGGGUCUCCGAGGAUGAGGAGCUCAGUGACAUUUUAGAGUGGCAAAUUCACGGCAAGCAGGAAACGGGCAGGAAAGCGCCCAGCAAAUGGAAGAGAAGAUUUUGGCGGGGGGGUAGAGCGUGGGCAGCUGGGGUGAGGAGCUCAUGGAUAGGAGCCCUUUGGCACUGUAAACUUCACGAUGGCUGCGCAGUCGAGCUUGUACAAUGAGGAUAGAAACUUGCUCCGUAUUCGAGAGAGGGAGAGACGGAAUCAGGAGGCUCUGCAGGAGAGAGACACGUUCCCUGAAAAUGCCCCCCUCUUUGCAAAACCUUACAAGACUAAUAAAGAGGAUGAAUUGUCAAGCCGUAUUCAGAACAUGCUGGGCAAUUACGAGGAGGUCAAGGAACUCAUCAGCACCAAAUCCCAUCAGAAUCUCAUAGGGGUACCGGAAAGUGUUGUUUCUCUGAUUCCACAAGGAAAGCCUGAUCGCCCAUUCUUCCCUGAAAAGACCAGCCAUGCAUUACCAUCUUCAUUCCAGCACACAGCCCGGCCUCAGCCCAUGGGACCUCCAGUCAUAGCUCCUCCCCCACCAAGCAACUCCAUUCACUACCAAAAGACACAGUCAAGGACACAACCAGCUUCAAGUUUGCACGCCAAAAGUCACAGCUUAUCCAGUAGUCGAAGCCAAGGUCAAGAACACAGUCGCGGCCAGGAAAGUCACGCAGCGUCUCGCCACAAGAGAAACGACAGGCGUGUUGUUGGUGAAGAUCGUACUGAUGAACUGCAGGCCUCCCUUUUGGAGCUUUCUCCAUUGUUGUCAUCUUUGUCUUCUCCAGUGGCACCCCUGUCACCUCUACAUUCCAGCCAGCAUAUCAAUUCCAGGUCACAGAACAGCAACAAAAGUCAUGGGCCGGCCUACAGUCAAACAAAAUCACCUCAGGACCUAGUGGCAGGAUCACAGGAGAACGAAAGUCGGGACAGUUCAGCCGUUAACUUGACUAGUACCACUCAGCCUUCCUCUCAGACCUUUCCCCCCUCUUUGCCAUCAAAAACCAGUGCAAUGCAGCAGAAACCUACUGCCUAUGUCAGACCAAUGGAUGGCCAAGAUCAGGCACCAAUUGAAUCACCAGAGCUCAAACCUCUCGCAGAGGAAUACCAUGGAGAACCCUAUGAAAAAAUCUCAGAUUUGAAGGCGAAUGCCAAGGCCAAAUUAUCCAAACUGAAAAUCCCUUCUGAGCCCAUUGAGCAAACCUUCCCCAGUGAUGUGCAUUGUGUUGAAGAAAUUUUGAAGGAAAUGACCCACUCAUGGCCACCUCCUUUGACAGCUAUUCAUACACCUAGUACAGCAGAGCCCUCAAAAUUUCCGUUUCCAUCAAAGGAGUCCCAGCAUGUUGGAUCUGUAGCACAGAAUCAGAAACAGUAUGACGCACCUUCAAAAACGUUGCCUAAUUCUCAGCCGAGAACAUCAAUGCUCCAGGACGACCUUCAGCUCAGUGAUAGCGAAGACAGUGGUGAUGACCAAGUUGUUGAAAAGCCACCUUCUUCAUUUGCUCCUCCAAGUGCUGCGCAGUCACAGCCUGAGAGUGUGGCAUCAGCACAUUCCAGCAGUCCGGCGUCAGGGAGCACCAGUGACUCAGACAGCUCGUCAGACUCGGAGACGGAGAGCAGCUCAAGUGACAGCGAAGAAGCAAACGACCCUCCGAGACCGCCAGCCCCUGAGCCUGAUCCACCAACUUCUAAUAAGUGGCAGCUCGACAACUGGCUAACUAAGGUGAACCCGCCAGCAGUGCCAACUGAGAGUCUCAGAGAAAUUGCCCAUGCAGAUGGACACGAGGAGAACAAGGAACAGGGUGAGCGGCCCGAACCAAAAGAGUCUCAUCCCAAGAACUCUAGCCGAACAGCCAGGGCUCCUCAGGAUGUUCAUCUUCCGAGCAAACGAAACUGCCAGAAGUCUCCUGUGCGUACUGAGGAGCCCUCACAGAGGCAGACUGUUGGGAUCAAAAGGCCCAGCAAGGUCCCCGUGCUUGAGGGGCCCAAAGGAGGCCUGAAGGUGGAAAGUGAACCUGGUCCAUACGAGGUUAAAGACCAGUCUUCCAGAGACAAGCCAAAAGUAAAAACGAAAGGGAGGCCAAAAUCCAGUGAUAAAAAAGAACUGAAACCAACACUGCAAGAGCCCUCUGAGAACAGAAAGCACAAGAGCUCACAUCAAGCCAACUCCAAGUCCCUGUUGGACCCUAAGCCUGUGAGAGACGUUUUGACUGGCAAUGCCCAAGAGCAUCUCACUCUCAGUCCCCUCACCCAAAGCCAGGGCACAACCCCCACCAGGACUAGCGGCAAUAAGUCCGCCGUUGUGGUCAGAGAGGAUUUUCACAAAGACAAGUUUCCUUUGCCUAUUAGGGAGAAGAAGUUGCUAUCGCCUGUGAGGGACCUCCCAGUCCCUCACAGCCUUGUGGUUAAAAUUGAGCUCUCUCUCCUGUCAAGGAUUCCUCAGCCCCCCGGGAAAGGCAGUCGCCAGAAAAAAGCAGAGGCUAAAGAGCUCCUUGGUGCAAGGAAGCAAGACUUGGAGAGGAAAAGCACAGACACUCCUGACAAGUCCUUCAAAAAGAGGAAGAGGGAAAUGGAGAAGGAGAUGGAUAGGAAGAAAAUGAAAUCAGACAAAGAAACCAAAUCAUUGCAGUCUUCAACUCACAAAGACUCCAGUAAAUUGAAAGCAUCAAAAGCCUCAUUUGAGAUCCAGAAGAAAGAUCUCCUGCUACCCCCACCAUUGCCACCCAUGUCUCCUGCACACCCUGCACCAAAGCCAACCAAGAUGACCCAAAAGAGACACAGGAGUGAGAGCGGCCAGCUGCCUGCCACAAAUAACACUGCCAAGAGCAAGAGCAGCCACAAGGAUCCUUUGUCCUCCAAGCACAAGAAAGUGGACAAAAAGCAUCCUGAACAGUCUAAGAGCAGCAAAGGAUCUGCAGGAGAUGUCACAAAUCCUUUCCCAGUGCCUUCUUUGCCAAAUGGUACCUCCAAGCCAAGGAGACCUCAAGUCAAGUUUGAAAAACUGCAUCCGAUGGAAUAUCACAUAGAAGAGGCCAAGAGGCUGAAGCACAAAGCCGAUGCUAUGACCGACAAGACUGGAAAGGCCUUUCAGUACUUGGAUGCUGCUCUUUCCUUCAUUGAGUAUGGGAUUGCCAUGGAAUCGGAUGCACCAGCACCAAAAUCAGCUUACAGCAUAUUCGCUGACACCAUAGAUCUCAUCAAAUUCAUAAUGACAUUAAAAUCAUUUACGGACUCCUCAGCAUCUUCACAUGAAAAAAUCUUUGCCGUGUUAUGCAUGCGCUGCCAGUCCAUUCUGCACAUGGCAAUGUUUCGUUACAAAAAAGACACUGCAAUAAAGUAUUCCAGGAUCCUCAAUGACCACUUCAAGAGUUCUUCCAGAGUAACACAAGCACCUUCCCCAUGUGUUGCAAGAAGCACAGGCACGCCUUCUCCUCUUUCUCCAAUGCCCUCUCCUGCCAGCUCUGUGAGUUCUCAGCCGGGAUCAAAUGCUAGCAACUGCGGUGGCAACAGCAUUGGCUCUUCAGUCAGCGUCCCCUAUAAUAUCCCAACCAUCACCUCUUCCUAUGUCAACAUCACUUCCUAUAUCCUCUAUGCGUAUGAUAUUUGGGAACAGGCUGAUGCUCUGGCCAGGAAGAAUAAGGAAUUUUUUGCUGAACUCAGCACAGCGGUGUGCACUCUGGCACUGAACAGUAGCAUGACUGAACUGGUACACUACACUAGACAGGGUUUACAGUGGCUGAGACUGGAAACAAAUACGCCUUAACUGGUGCUCAAGGUGGUGAAAUGCCUUGAACUCUUUUGCACUUUGGAAGCCUCAGAAACAGUCUGGCUUGCUGAAUCAUUGGAUACAAAGCACCUGCAAGGGAAAAUAAAGAUGGAAGGGAUCUGGUUACACUGGAAAAAAAUUGAACUGAGUUUUUAGGGUAGCACUUUGCUGCCUUGAAAAAGAAGAGAUGGAGGAAGGCCUCAGAGGCGAUGAUGCCUUCCUUUAAAAUGACGAAGUGCAAUGAAUUGUCUGAGUGGCUCAAUGUAUUGAUGGUCUAUAAACAUUUCUCUUACGAAUAACCAGCAGGACAAUAAUCACACAUGAAGAAGUGCCGACAAGAAGGAAAUCUGCCUCCAGAAGUUAUUAUGCAACGUCCCACAGUCUGCAACGGUUGUGUGCCCAGAAGAAAUUUCAGAGAAGUGUUUUUGCAAACACAGAUGCAAUCCAUGACGUUGGUUCUUUGUUUCUCAGAUGACAGAGCAGGGGGAGGACGAAUCCUCAUCAGCACCGAACAGCAUUACGUUAAAAUAAAGACGGCAGAGCGGUCUGCCUUGCCUGCUUCCCAACCUCACCCUCUUGCAUUUAUCAGCCAGCUGCUCUACUGAGAAUCGGGUGAAACCACUGCCUUCAGUGCUGCAAGUUCACUUCUUAAAUCAUCGUUGCUUUGGUUUUCUUCCUUGCCACGCACUCGUGCACGCACACGCCCUUAACACUCGAACGAUUUCACUUGUGGUCUUGCUUAGUUUAAGCCUUGUAAGCCAAACGCAGUUGGGGUGGAGGAAUUACGAGGUGAGGUUAGGGAAAGCUCCGUGUCCCUUCUGUGGUGGAGGGACAUCACUCCCACUGAGGGCUGACUCCUCGUCUGAUUGCUCUUUGCAGUUUUUUGGGGGGGGGGAGGGGGGGGGUGGAGGACAGCCAUGUGGGGUCACUGUGAUGGUUUGGAUAUGAUUCUGAGUCUUAGAGCUUAAACUGGGGGGAAAUGCUUCUGUCUAAGGUGGGACUGAGUUGCUGAAUGUGGAACACGAGACAAAUUUUGCCUUUGGAUGUUUGCCCACAACCAUCACUGGUCUGGGUGAAUAUCCGAGAGCAGGAUUUGGUGUUAAAAUAGUGCAUCCUUCAUGUGGGAGAUAACUCGCGUGCUCUUUCUCAGCCGCGCUAUGGGUUGGGCCCAGCGCCUUAGGAAUCUGUCUUCAAGGGAACGUGGAAGGGGAUCGUUAGCUGUUUGCGAGCAUUUCUUCCUUGUCAGGAGCUGCGUUUUUGAAAUGGUGGUUUUGCAGAUGGCAAUAACAGUGAGGAACGUAUCCACAGCAUUCUUGUGUUCAGUGAGAUGGCACCCUUCUUCACCCAAAGAUUUCCUGUUGCAUUGCAGCAGCCUUCUGCCAUCCUCAUAUCUAAUAGUGUGCCUUAGCUCUCUGGUCCCCUCGUGCAUCCUGCACCCCAUUUCUGACAGACCGGUGGGAGUGGUGAAGAGAAGGGUGGCGUCACAAAAUAAUUGUGCUUACGGGAAAGAAAAUGUUUCCAAUGAAUUAGCUCCUUUUUCCGCGUAGUUUCAGGAUGAAGGAACCUGUGUGCUGCAGUACAGCCACACCGCCCCUUUGUGAAACGUUUGGUCGCAGCUUUAAGGCUCAUGAAAAUUGAUAGCAGAUACCACCAAAAGGUCUGAAUUUCCAAAAGUUGUUUCCGUAGAAGUGGCUCCUGCCUCUGGGAAGGCUUCGCUGGCGGGAGCGCGCCGGGCGGGAGAGCCUCGCCGGAGCUCGGGAGCCCCAGCGCUUCCCGCAGCGUCGGCACGGGGAGCUCCCUCCUCUCGGCUCC